AUGCCUCUGCAUUUUUUAUUCCUAGACCUGCAGAAGGCCUUUGACUGUGUUCCUAGGGAGAUGAUCUGGUGGGCGUUGCGGUCGAAGUUGGUACCAGAGACCUACGUGGAAAUCGUACGUGACAUGUACCGCAACUCCGAUUCAAUAGUCAGGACGGCUGUUGGUGAUACCACCCCCUUCCCCAUAACCAUAGGCGUGCAUCAGGGCUCCGUCUUAAGCCCCUAUCUCUUCAGUGUGAUAUUAGACGAACUGUCAGCCAGCGUACAGAAACUACCGCAGCCUUGGCUGCUUAUGUACGCUGAUGAUAUCGCACUGGUAGAUGAGGACAAAGGACGGCUCACCAGACGCGUGCACGCAUGGAGGGAGGCGUUUGAGAACGGCGGGCUGAAGCUAAACGUGGCGAAGACGGAGUAUAUGGCCUGCAACAGCACAGAUCUGACGUCUCUCCGUAUAGGCGACGACACCGUCGAGCGCACGGACAACUUCAGGUACCUCGGAUCUGUGCUUGAUGCGUCCGGUGACAUCGAUCGCGACAUCAAGGCCCGUAUAUCAGCGGCUUGGGCGAAAUGGCGCGAGGUGACGGGUGUCAUUUGUGACCCCAAAAUGCCGGUCAAGCUGAAGGGACAGGUCUAUAAGACCAUCAUAAGGCCUGUCCUUACGUACGGCAGUGAGGCGUGGCCGGUGCUGGAGCGAUACCGGCAGUUGUUGCAUGUCACGGAGAUGAACAUGCUGCGGUGGAUGUGUGGCGUCACACGGAAAGACCGUGUACGGAAUACAUACAUCCGCGGCAGCCUCCAUGUCCGUGACAUUGCUGACAAGCUGCAGGAAAGUCGCCUCCGCUGGUACGGCCACGUCUUACGACGACCAGCAAGCUACGUGGGAAACAAAUGCCUGGACAUGACCUUACCUGGUGCCAGGAGUAGAGGACGGCCCAAGAAACGCUGGCUUGAUGUCGUGCAGGAUGACAUGCGCGCCAAUGGGCUAGUUGUGAGGGACGCCGAAGACCGGGCAAAGUGGAGGAGGAACACUUUAAUUCAUUGUAAUAGGAACUGUAUUUGCUUGACAGAUGUGUUUUAUGCAGUAGUUUGCUCUGGUUGCUAUUGA